AAGGCCCACCCGGGUGAGGCCCAAGUGUCGAUCGAUAGACUUUAGCUCGUGUCCGGACAAUCAAGCAAUAAAAUACUGUAAAACAGAAACGGCCCUUUCUCGAUUGUCUAUCAAUGGCUGCAAUUGUUAAUUCAACUCUUCUAUGGUUCUCAACGCUAAUCUCAGGCACAAAAAAUCCACUGAUCAGCUCCAUCGUCUGAAUCUUUCUCUCUCUUUCUCCUUCUGAUCUUAGCUUCACGUAGAACCCUAGAGAACUCCUCCGUUCUAUGCAAUCUUGAAUUCUCGGGGUUCUGCAAUCACAUACCAGUACAUGCGAUGGUGGUCUGCAAAUGCCGCAAGGCAACUAAAUUAUACUGUUUUGUGCACAAGGUUCCUGUCUGUGGAGAAUGCAUAUGUUUUCCGGAGCAUCAAAUCUGCGUGGUUCGUACCUACUCGGAAUGGGUAAUUGAUGGAGAGUAUGAUUGGCCUCCGAAAUGCUGCCUUUGUCAAGCUGUCCUUGAAGAGGGGAGUGAUUCUCAAACAACUCGAUUGGGUUGCUUGCAUGUUUUACACUCAAAUUGCCUGGUUUCACACAUCAAAGGGCUUCCCCUGCACACUGCACCUGCUGGAUAUGUGUGCCCUGCUUGUUCCACUCCUAUAUGGCCACCUAAAAGUGUCAAAGAUUCAGGUUCUCGUUUUCAUUCAAAGCUGAAGGAAGCAAUUAUGCAGACUGGAUUGGAAAAGAACCUGUUUGGAAAUCAUCCUGUUUCAUUGCCAGCAACAGAGUCUCAUGGUCCACCUCCCGCGUUUGCCUCAGACCCACUGGUGCAUCCUGCUGGAGGCAGAGAGUAUGGUGCAAGCUCAUCAUCCUUGGUAGCGAAAGAUGAAACAAACUUGAUUGAAGGGUACUCAGGUGCAAGUGGAGUAGGCCCUUCUGGACAUCCAAGCAUAGAUAUUGUGGAGAUGGAUGGUCCUAGCUCAGUGGGGAAUGAGCCCAGUUUCAUGAAAAGUGCUAGUCCUACUGGUCCAGGAGCUACAACACGGAAGACAGCAUACCAUCUUGACAAGCAAAACUCAGAGGUAUCAUAUUAUGCAGAUGAUGAAGAUGGGAAUAGGAAGAAAUACACUCGAAGGGGACCUUUCCGCCAUAAGUUUCUUAGGGCAUUGCUACCUUUCUGGUCUAGUGCAUUGCCAACUCUACCAGUGACUGCACCACCACGAAAGGAUGCAUCAAAUACAGAUGAUGUCCCGGAAGGCCGUUUGCGGCAUCAGAGAUCUUCAAGGAUGGAUCCAAGAAAAAUCCUUCUUAUCAUAGCAAUCAUGGCAUGCAUGGCCACCAUGGGUAUUCUGUAUUACAGACUUGCUCAGCGUGGUCUUGGUGAAGAGCUUCUUGAUGUUGAGCAGCAGUGAUUUGAUGUGCAAGGUUAUGAUGAAGCACAGUUGAUGGCAUAUUGUCCAUUCAUCAGCGUACUCUGGGCAGAAUCUCCUGGUUACUGGUUAGUGGUGUCUCUGCUGCUAUUUUUUUUUUUUUCUUUUCUUUUUUGUUUCACUGCAUGUGUGGACCAGUCGUUGGUUCUGGUUUUCAUUGAAACAUGAUUGUAAUCUUCUGUUGGUAUACAAAAUUUUUUAGUUCACUAUCUGAUGAGAGCAAAAUGUUCAUUGCACUUGUUUCUGUUUCAUUUUUGAAGUGGGAGAAUCAGGUUGAAGGCAAAAUUUUUUCUUUACUAUUACUUUGUAAUUAUAUAUUUCUGGUUAAUGAACCUGCAAAAACCAAAGUUGUGUACUAAUUUGAAUUCAGAAUAUCCAAUUAUGUUUCCUGAGCUUGCAGUGCUUCAAAA